AUGAAUGACAACUUACUUGGCAAGAAGGUGGAUGAGAUAUUGGAUAUCGGUGAGGGGGUCAAGGUCCUUUUGUUCGAUGAGGACACGAAGAUGAUCCUCAGCAAUCUGAUUCCUCACUCGAGAUUUCUCGAAAGCGACUAUUUCCUGUUUGAUAGCAUAAUGAAUAAAAGAAGAGAGAGGAUACAGGGCAUCACCUGUAUGGUAGCAAUCCGCCCUGAGAGCAUAAGAUGGCUGAUAGAAGAGGUGUCAAAUCCGUUUUAUGAGAGAUACAUUGUUUUGUUCACAAACCAAGUGGACUCUCUGAUGUUGGAGAUCCUUGCCACAAGUGAUGUGCACUGUGUUGUCUCUGAGAUCCACGAAAUAUACAUUGACUUCUUCAAGCAGGACGACUUCCUUUAUACACUUCAUGCUCCAAAGACAAGGGAGCACAUGUCUCUUAGUGGAAGAAAGAGGUCGAUAGACGGCAUUUUUGCUCUUGUCAUGAACCUAGGAAGGAUACCAACAAUUAAGAUUCAGACAGAGGACAGGCACUUGAUGGAGGAUUCUGAGACACUGAGUACCAGGCUUGCAGGUCUUAAUCUUAAGCAGGGCGGGACACUGAUAAUGCUUGACAGGGCUUUUGAUCUUUACACGCCACUGCUGUAUGAAUGGAGGUACCAGUCCUUGCUUCAUGAGCAUGCAGACUAUGCAAAUGGCAUUGUCAGAAUCGGAAAAAAAAGCUAUUCGGUUGCGGACGACCCGUUUUUCAAUGCCUCGAAGUUCAAGGACAUAUAUGAGGUUUCCGAGGACAUCAAGGGGCUGGUUAAGAAGGUAGAGUUCAAAAAGAAGAGGCUUCACAACUUCAUCUUUGAUGAUUUAGAGGAAAAUACUAGGAUUUCUCGGCAGUUGGAGGCGCAUCUUGCUCAGCAUGGCCAUGUGAUGAAGGCAUGUUUAAGACUCAAGGACUUGAGCGAGAUGGAAAUGAAUGUCCUGAAGGACAACGGGGUUUCCAAGGCAGAGAUCAGUGAGUGUCUUACGAGAAAGGACAUUUCGGUCAUUGAGAGAUGCAAGCUGCUUAUAAUAUAUUCGCUCAGAAAUAAGAAGAAUCCGAUCGACGAGGCUAGGAAAUAUCCGGACCUUAUGAAUGAGGUUGAGGCGUUUAUGGGAAGGCAUCCUCUCAAUGUGCCCAUAUGGAGACACUAUGGAUAUCGCUUCGACGAUGAUGUUGACGUCAAGCUGGGAUACCAGCCGGCAAUCAAAAGAGUUAUCCGCCAUUGGUGGACAAACAGACUUGACAAUAGAUGUUUCUUGACGGUGAGAGAGUCUGAGAAUCCAAUGGACUACAUAGUGGUUUACAUAAGAAACGGAGUGACCUAUUCAGAGUAUAGGGUCCUUUGUGAAUACUAUAAUACAGCAAUGAAAGGACGGUCAGAGCUCUAUGUUGUUGGAGACGUAAUGGUGUCUUACAAAGACAUUAUGGGGGCCUCUAGCUAG